AUGGUCAACUCCGGGGUUAUAACCGCAGUCGGGCUCGAGGACGGGGCUGGGAAGGUAGGGGUGCUGCUGCUGCCGAGUGAUGGUGAAACGGAGGAGGAAGCAGUCGCCACGGCCGUGCUGCUGCUCACGGCGGAGGUGCUAAGGCCGCUCAAGGUGCUGGGACUGCUGAUUACACUACCUGCAGUGCUGCUGCUUAUGGCGGAGGCGCUGGGGCUGCCUGUAGCACUGCUUAUGGUGGAGGCGCUGGGGCUGCCUGAGGUGCUAAGGCCGCCUGGGGAGCUAAGGCUGCUCAAGGUGCCCGAGGAGCCGGGGCUGCCCGUAGCACUGCUUAUGGUGGAGGCGCUGAGGCUGCUUGAGAUACUAAGGCCGCUCAAUGUGCUGGCACCACUGGUCACGGUAGUCGAUGAGGAGCCACCCGUAGCGCCGCUGCUGCUGCUACCAGCGUUGGCGAGAAGGGUGACUUGGAUCGUCACGGUGUACGAAGGAUCAAAUGGUCCUCCAGCGGAGAAUGUGAUCUGGAAGACGGUGGGAGCAGAGUCGAUUGGAGCUGUUCCGGUAAUAAAUGGCCUUGUUGGGUCUGCCAAAUUCGGACUCAGCACAAUCCAUGGGAAGGGCGGCAUGGAAGAGAAGCCAGUUGGGAUGUCGCCAACGUUGUGCAAGUAG